AUGAGGAGGCUGGCGGCGGUGCUCGCGGUGGCACUGCUCCUCAUCGCAUGGCAGCCAUCGCUGGGGAAGGCGGUAGCCACACAGUCCACGGCGCUGCCGCCACCAGACGAGCAGGACGACGACGCACCGAGGUACAGCCAGCCGUCACCACCGGAUGAGCAGGAGGACAACCCGUCCUGGCCUGGGCUUCCACUGUUGCCGUCGCCACCUCCGCCGGAGGAAUCCGAUGCUCCGGUGGCUCCGCUGCCAAGUUCCCAGCCACCACCGCCGGAACCUGAGAUGCCAGCACCAGCAGCGCCACCACCGCCUCGCCCCAGGCGUGCACACCUGCCGCCAAGGCACGACGAUCCAGUGGAGCCUGAAACGCCGGAACCGCCUCACCAGAGGCCGGCGCCAUUGCCUCCGAAGGAGCCGACGCCGCCAAGGACAGUGGUGCCACCGCAGGAACCGGGGUGGGCCGCGGUGCCGCUGCCGCUGCCACCAACGCCGGCUCCUGGAAGGGCACUCAACUACAGUGCCACCGGCUGGACGACCAUGCUGGUGUUCGGGGACUCGACGGUGGACCCCGGGAACAACAACCGGCUGCAGACGGUGAUGAGGGCCAACUUCCUGCCGUACGGCGCCAGCUUCCUCGGCGGAAGGCCCACUGGUCGGUUCAGCAAUGGCCGGCUCAUCACCGACAUACUCGCGGAGAAGCUAGGUAUAGGGAUGACCAUUCCAGGUUUCCGUGAGCCAAGGUUGAGGCCAAGGCAACUCAGAAGGGGUGUGAGUUUUGCAUCAGCAGGCUCCGGAUAUGACGAUGCGACUGCCAGGAUAUCGAAUACACUAUCAUUUUCCAACCAAGUCGAGGACCUGUGGCGUUACAAGAGAAAUCUCCAACGACUAGUAGGACCAAGAAGAGCAGAACAACUUGUCAGGAGGGCUACAUUCGUCAUAAGUGCUGGAACAACUGAUGUGUUCUCUCACUACCUUGCCACAAACCGUUCACGAUCAGAUAGUUGGCCGUCAUAUGAGAACCUAUUGAUAACACGUGUCGCUAACUAUACCCAGGUAAUGAGAGCACUUGGAGGAAGAAGAUUUGUAUUUGUUGGAGUGCCCCCAGUUGGGUGUUUACCACUUGUUAGAACUUUGCUAGGCACCGGUGCAGAAAAAUGCCACGAAAACAUGAACUCAAUGGCAGCUUCGUUUAACAGAAGGCUAGACGAAGUGGUACGCGUUCUGAAGAACCAACGAGAUACCAGAGCUACCUUUAUUGAUGUUUAUCCAAUCGUAAGCAUGGCGACCAUAGACCCUGUUACCUAUGGGUUGACAGACACAUCAAGAGGCUGCUGUGGAACAGGGGUAAUUGAAGUUGGGCAAACAUGCAGAGGCCGAUUAACAUGCACAGAUCCCAGCAAGUACAUGUACUGGGAUGCAGUCCACCAAACAGAGAGAAUGAACCAAAUUAUCACAGAUCAAGUGAUUAUGAAUUCAAUUGGAGAAAUUUAUGCGUAG